CUGUCACAGAAGAGACUCUAGUUCUUGCUCGCACAGCCCGUAUCGUCAGCACCGUAAAUCCAGGAGUAGAUCGACGUCCACUUCAGACUGUUCUAGCUCUGAGGACAGAAGAGACGGGUGCCUGAGCCCAUCCAGGUCUUCCUACAGUUAUAGACACACCCUCAGGUCUCGAUCUUGUUCUCCACGGUACGAGAAGUCCGCCUCCUAUCUCCUCCUUGACCACCUUCUGCCUCCUGGGUCCACCUUCUCCCAGGGGUCACCUCUCUCCUCCUCCCAGCAGAGAGAAGGACCACCACUCCUGGGAACACCUCCUUUCUCCUGGGACCACCUCCUUCCUCCUGGGUCCAACUGCUCCCAGGUACCACCUCUCAUGGGACCACCUCCUGUCUCCCAGGACCACCUUCUGCCUCCUGGGUUCACCUCCUCCCAGGGGACUCCUCUCUUCUCCUCACAGCAGAGAGGAGGACCACCUCUCCUAGGAUCAACACUCCUGGGAACACCUCCUCUGUCCUGGGACCACUCCCUCCCUCCUGGGUCCAACUGCUCCCAGGUACCACUUCUCAUGGGACCACCUCCUGUCUCCCAAGACCACCUUCUGCCUCCUGGAUCCAACUGCUCCCAGGGUCCACCCCCCUCCUGGAACCACUCCCUCCCUCCUGGGACCACCUCCUCCCAGGGACCACCUCUCAUGGGACCACCUCCUGUCUCCCGGGACCACCUCCUGUCUCCUGGAUCCAACUGCUCCCAGGGUCCACCUCCCUCCUGGGACCACUCCCUCCCUCCUGGGUCCACCUCCUCCCACGGACCACCUCUCAUGGGACCACCUCCUGUCUCCCAGGACCACCUUCUCCCUCCUGGGUCCACCUCCUCCCAGGGACCACCUCUCUCCUCCUUCCAGCAGAGAGGUGGACCACCUCUCAUGGGACCACCUUUCCUGGGGCCACCUCCUCUCUCCUGGGACCACCUCCUCCCCCCAGGGUCCACCUCCUCCCAGGGUCAACCUCUCUGCUCCUCCCAGGAGAGAUGUAGACCACCUCUCCUGGGUCCACCUCCUCUCCUCUCUCCCGUGACCACCUCCUCUCUCCCGUGUCCACCUCCUCUCCCCUUGGGGAUCUCCAGACAUUCCAUUUUAAGCGUUAAGGAAGCGCAGCUGUACUCUCUAGGAAUGCCUUCCGAGAGACAGCUUUCACCCAAAAGCAGCAGCAAGAAUCCGCUGUCACCAAGUGGAAGCGGCGAGAAACAAAUGUCCGGAGAGACAUCGGUCCCUCAGGAUGAGAGCAGAGUAGAGACACUGGUGAAGAAACUGCUUCAAUCAUCAGCUGUCCAGUCUUUGUCAAAGCAGAUAGAUGUAGAGAGCGUGGUGAAAACUCUGACUCCGGUUUUCCUGGACGAGUUCAACAAGUUAACUUCAACACCCGGAUCAUCAGAGGCGCCUCAGACUAAAAGCACAGCCAGUUUCCCGCCAAAUCACAAGUCUUCUGGACCCCAGAAGCCUCCUGUGACUUCAACUGAGCAGAAAACGGCUACGGAAAUGAAAUCUCAGCCAUCAAACAAAAUUGAAGCCCUGAAAGUGAAGGAGAAACCAAAGAAUGAAACUGAGCUAAAAUGUCUGGCGAUCACACCUGGUGAAAGUAAACCAGCAUCAAACAAAAAGCCGGCGCCGGUGAUUUGCUCAGAUGAUCUGACUAUUGGGGAGAGGAUAGAAAAAUGCUUUGACCCCAAACUUCUUUGGCCUGUUGAGUCCAAAGAUUCCAUUUUAGAACCAGAACUCUUGAUAACCAACCUUCCCAAGUACUACGACGGCUGCUACACAGAGGAUGAUGUCGUCGCUCUCCUCCAGCCUUUUGGGUUCAGGAACAGCUCUGACAUUUAUGUGAUUCCUCAGAAACAACUGGCUGUUGCUUUCAUGCCGCAGGUGAAAGGGUUGAGGAAAGCUCUCGCACAUUUUAGUCGCGGCUUGUUUUUCAAAGGAUCUAAACUAUCCCUACAGGCCUGUAGAGCAGUGACUGGUUGGAAACCCGGGAAGCCUACAUCGCUUAGCCUUUACAAAGCUUUGAUGCGCUGCUUAAAACAUAACAUGACUGAUAACGGAGAAAGAGUAAUCUGCAUUCAUCACAUCUCACCCAGCGAGGCCCGUGACCUCCGGACGACUCUGAGGAAAAUUGGUUCUGUGAGGAACUUCCUGCCUCUGCUCAACAAGGUUUUUGUUGAGUUUGAGUCGAAGCAAGAUGCAGAUCGGCUUGGAGUUUGGCACAGCUUCCUGAAACGAGGCCGUAAACACACCGUGGAAAGGCUGAAAAUGGUUUUGGCCUCCAAUGUAGCUCUGCCCCCCAAACUUCCUGCUCAGGCUCUGCCAGACACCGGCGAUGCUGUCGCUAGUGCGAGGAUCCCUAUUGCCAACGGUGUCAUCAAAGAUUGUUCCAAUCCUCCAUUUUGGGUCACGAUGUCAACGCCGCCAUACAUGUUUCCCACUAUGUCUCCGUGGUUUGACAUCCCUGCUUUCCAGACCGUGAAAGAGGUUAACGACAUAAAGAAAGCUCUCCCUCAGGCCUCCCAGUUCUCCACCGUCAUGCUGACUGGUUUCCCUCAAUCGAUAAGGAGUCAAAAUGUUGACGCCCAGUUGGUCUUGAGUUAUUUCACCAAAGGUCACUCACAGUCUGUGAACGUCCUGCCACUGCAGAGGAGGGCCUUCGUGUUUUUCCCUUGUUGGGAUUCUUGCCGCAGCUUUCUCGAGGGCUACUUGACUCAUAAACCUUCUCCUGGCAAAGACUUUGUCCUCAAAGUCCACUUGGUCUUAGAGGACAUGCAACCAGGAGACACGGAGGAGACGAUGUACAAGAAUCUGAUGAGAUGGAGCAACGCUCACGUUUCAGAGCCCGAGUCCCUCAGUCAGCGGCUGAUAUGUGUGACUUUCUCUGACGCCACCCUGAGCAUCAUUCAGAGCGUUCUGAUGGCGGUCGCGUCCCUCGCUCCGUUUGUCAACUACCUGGUCCUCGCUGAACGCGUGUACAUAGAGAUGUGUGACUCCAGCAGCGUAGCUCUGGUGUUGGACCUCCUGUUGUUUAACCGUCUGUCUGAGGAAGAGAAGAAGAAGAUUAAUGAUUAUGAUGAGAAGAAGAAGAAAGACGUUUGGAGGAAACUUGGAAAUGCCCACCUGUUCAAGGUUAAAAAUGUCCGACUUGUGCAGAGGCAGCCCCCAGCAGGGGGCGCUGUUCCAGGACUGGCUGAGGGAGCUCCAGAUAAAACCCAACCUGCUGGUGUGGAAGCUGCAGCCUGUGAACAGCAGCAGGCCGAAGCAGCUGAGGAAGAGGAUGUUGGAACAGAUUCAGCCGAAGAUCAGACUGAAAACAAAAGUUGCACUCAGCAAACCCAAACUCCUACAGACAAGUUGUCCAAAGAGGAAGGAGAGCUGAUCGAUUGUGUAAUGGAUCAGAAAGACGAACUGAAUGAAGAAGAAGAGAAACUAGCAGAUAAACCGAAAACGGCCGGUAAAGAGUCUGAGACGAGAGGCGGAUCUGCAGCCAAAGACGACGAGACGACCAGCAGCGACGACGUCCUGGCGACAAGCGUCUCUGAAAACACAGCAGCUGGGAACUCAGGAGGCGACGAUAAACAAGAAGAAGAACCGACAACAAGGAGAGAUAACGUUUUGACCAGUGAGAUAACGGAGUCUAAAACCAACGGAGAAGAGACGCCAGCAGAGAAACAGAAAACGGCCGAUAAAGAGUCUGAGAUGAGAGGCGGAUCUGCAGCCAAAGAGGACGAGACGAGCAGCAGCGAAGACGUCACAGCAGGGGGGCAAAAUGAAGAAGAAGAAGAAGAAAAGGAGGCCUCCACAAAGCCUGAGCAGGAAGUCGGAGCAGAAACUCUGAGACCUGCUGACGGCUCAGAUCGAAGCAGCCCAGUUUUAGAUCAGAGUGUGAACGCUGCAGCAUCAUGUGAGCUGGAGGAGACGGAAGAGACGAAACAGGAAGUGACAUCAACCAGAAAAAGAGGCCGACCCAGGAAGAAACCCAGAAAGGCUCCUGUGAGAAAAUCUGUUGGAGGAAAGCCUGAGAGCUCCGAAGAAAACGGAGAAGAAGAAACCAAAUCACUUCCUGGUGCGUCGCUGGAUUCUUCUUCUGCUGUGUUGGGGGACGUCAAGACGGAGACGGACGCUGAAGCUGCUGAAGGUCCAGACAAACAAAACCUGGAUGGACGCUUGCAGGAAGAGGAGGAGGAGGAAGAAGAAGCAGCCUGUAAAAAACGAAGGCAGUCUCCUUGUACCGUUGCUGAUUUUAUCCUGCCACCUUUCAACCCAGACGUCUCCUUUGGCGAGGAGUUUACUGCUCGUAAACUGGGAUAUUUCUGCUCCCUCUGCUCUGUUUUCUACGUGCUGAAGAGCAACGAAGAGGACACUCACUGCUGCAGCAGAAAUCAUUACGACAACCUGCUGAAACAUUCGCAGAUGAAAGAAGAGCAACCUUCACAUCCUCCAAAAAGGAAAACCAGAAACUCUCGAUGAUCCUGUUUUUAUAAAAUGUAUUAAAACUUCUAGUCUGCUUCGAUUGGGCAGAUCCAUUUUUAAACUGAAUUUAUUUAAGAUGAUUCCCUUCACAUUCAAUGUUUCUAAACAUUUUUUCUAUCCUUGAUUUAAAGAAACUGUUUUUCAGCAGUUUUCUGGGAAAUUGUUCCAGAUCUGCAGUGCACAGAAGCUGAAUGCUGUUUCUCCAUGUUUGGUUCUGAUUCUGAUGAAGCUACAGAGAGGGUAAGAGUGUAGGACUUCAGAACUGGGUGAUGUUUUCCAUCUUCCUGGUUUUAGUCAGAACACCAGCAGCAGCCUUCUGGGUCAAAACCAAUUGAUUUUUUUAGGCAGACACAACGAUAAACACGUUUACUUUCUCUAACUGGGACAUUCAGGCGGGAAAAGGCUGACGUUUUCUGUAAUUAUGCGUCUCUGAAGGUUCAGGUUGUUCACGCUGCCAUCUUUAAACGGCUGUAAGUGACGGGGUCAAAACAACAAAGCCUUCAGUUACAUUUGGCCUGAAUGCAGGACUUUUAUUAUGAGUUGCAUCCACGGGUGUAAAAAUCUUUGCCCACAACAAUAAGAUUCAACACCCACAUUUGUUCUUCUGUUGACAUAAAAAUACAUUUAUAUUUCUUUUUUUUUUGUCUUUGACAUACCAAACACAAAUUUGUCCUCUCAUUUAGUUACAGGCUUGGUUAAAAUAUCCGCUGCUAUUUCUGUUGUUGAAAAGUGACCGAGUUAUUUUUCCAUCGCUGAGGGUUAAUCACAUAUCCAAUGUCAAUGUGUUUGUACCUUUGGUGAUAAACUGGACUUUUAGAAAGAUAAAUUGCACCUUGAUUGGAUGUUAAUAUUUUUAAAGUACAUUCCUUGUUGUUGAAAUUUGCUACACAAAUAAACUUGACAUGUAAUAACUGAA